AUGCCACUUGUAUCUGGCGGAAGAAUACAAAUUGAUGAGAACGAGGAUGAAAGUUUCAUAUUAUCGAUCGAUAAUGUGAAUGAAGAUGAUUCAGGAUGUUAUCAGUGUACUGUCAGCAACGAAUUUGGUCAGUCAAACAGUCUUGCUGCACUUAUUGUGAAUGGGGGGACUAGACCCUGCCAUUUGAAAUGUACGUACAUUGCUGGACAUUGGAAUCGACAGGAGCAUCGCACUGCCAAUUUGGCACGUAAGCUGGCUCGCUUUAACAUUGACGUUGUUGCACUUAACGAGAUAAGAUUCUUUGCAUUUACUCAUUUUUAUUCUGCCGAGCUUAUUGAUCAUUUCCUGAAAGAACAAGAAUUUACCGAAAAUAAAAUUGUUCAAUACAAUGCAGGGGAACAAAAGAAAGCUGCCAGACAAUCCAAAUAUCUCGAAUUGAACAAACGUCUAACAAAAAUAUUACCAACUAAUAUUUAG